UGUUUCACUGAACAUCCCUUUGAGGGUUUGCUGUUGGAGGUGGACACAUUCAGCACCUUUCUGUUUGCAGUUCUUAGAGCAUCUUUUUGGGGGUGAAGGUGCUUUAAUAUCACACCAUGAGCCCAAAGUGCAGCGCUCAUCUUCUGACUUCAUUCUAAACCGGUUUUCUUCAGAGUUACUUAGAAUUGGCUGGGCAUCUAUUUAGCUAAAUCAAAAUAAGACUGUGGUUUCAUGUACACUUCCUUUGACAGAUGUGAUGGGUUAAGCAGGUUCUGUGCCAGGCUGUGCUCUCUGUCCCUCUUGGUGAACCUGAUCUAGGAGCUAGUAGGGGUUAGAACCAGGCCAGGGGGGAGCCCACAAGGGUUUUAAACUGAGAUCAACUCCCUGAUCAAGUUUACCAGGACCCUGCAUAGUUUCAGUGACGUGAUUGAAGGGGUGAAGGAAGAGAAGGGCUUCAACAGCUCCUUCUGCUCAAAGACAGGCAUGUGAAGCCAAGCUCUAGCUGUGUUCUCCAAGGGGUUCCUACUCGUUUCAUUACAUCCGUUUAAAGUCGCUUCAAGCAGCACAAGUGUAGACAGGAGAUGUGCUCUGUUUCCUCAUGUCGACUUGACAGAAAGCAUGUUCUGACCAGGGGAGGCUGCAGUUGCUCUUUCUGGUUCGGCGUUGCGCUGGGAGGCUGCUGCUCUUCCCAUGUUUCUCAAUAAACCUCCUGGCCUACCUCCUUAAGGAUGCUGUUCUUUCAGUCUUUGUGCAGGUUUGUGCUUGAGACCACAGCUAUGGUUUUGCCCCCGUUUUAUUCCUUCUUGUAGGUGAAAUCUUGAUUCUUUUUCUCUUCUGUUCUUCGUUCCCUGUGAAAUGCCUGUCUUUGGCACGUGUCCCAUGUCGUCUGUAGCGGACAGAGGCCAAGAAUUCAUGAAACGGUGUCUAUCUCUGUUGCUGUGUCCUCCCGGCUCCCUUCUCAUGGCCAUCAUGCCUCCUCUGUUGACCAGCUUUUACUCAAGUACUCUAAAUAUGCUGCUUCUCCCAGCUUCUCGUACCACCUUCUUAUCACUUUUCCCUCGCCAGACCUAUUCUCGGGUCACGCCUGGUCUGUUCAAGGCUUCAGCUCGUCUCCAACUCCCGUUCCACAUGGUGUAGCCGUAUGUGUCCCCUUCCCUGUUGCACAAAAAAGAUCCCUUUUGGUUUCCCCCCAAACAUCUGUCCUGUCACUAUGCUCGAGGGCAGGACCUUUCUCCUCCCUUUCUUUCAGUUUAGCCUAAGAUGGUGAAAUCCCCGCAGAUUGUUUGUUCCCCUAUUUCCUUUAUGUUGCAUUUCUCUCCAAGCAUUGCAAAACUCCUCCCCUUCCUGCUCCAAGCCACCUCGCAUUCUCUUUGGGUAUGACCCUGCUCUCUGUCUCACCGCCCGCCCGGCUCCCCCUUCACUGCAGAGCAUUGCUUCCAAACCCGUGUCCUUUAGCAGGUUUCCCCCGCUUCUCCUGACCUCUGGCUGCCGCGCUCUGUUUGCUCACUUGUGCCCUCAUACGUGCAGAUGGCUCUGUCGCUGCUUUUUUGCAAACAGGCUGCCUCACCCCAUUUUUUCCUACGUGCCCGGCACUUCUUUCUGCCUGAGGAUCCCCACAGGCACGUUUGGGCUGAGGUGAGGGCACCCGGCAGCGGCUGCAUGCAGUUCCGCGGCUGGACCCCUCGAGCUGCUGACCGGUAGAUUCCUGCGUGGCUCGUUUCCGCAUAAACGGAAGGUGCAAGCUGCUUCUUGUCCCGUUCAGAGCUCGUGUCGCCAGGAGUUUGUCAGGGAACAGCCAGCCGAUGGAGAUUUAGGAUCACGUGUCACUUUCAGCUUCUUCCCACUCUCGCUUGCUGCACCGAGCAGUGCAGGGGCUCCGUGCCUGCUUUACCUUCAGGUGCUCCGUGCUUCUCCGAACCGAGAGCCUCUUUGGCAGCAUCUCUGCCGUUUGCAGUCAGCGCCGCUUGGUUCAACCGGGUCCACUUGUUAGCGCAGAGGAUCCUCUCUUCCUCCGCUGCUUUUUCCCUGACAGGAGUGGAGCAGCAAAGCUGCCUUAGUGCUGGAACACCCAGCGCAGCAGGAUUGGCUGCAGCGCUCCCUCAAAAGCUCCACCCAGCCGACGGUGCGUCUUGGAUGCUCGCAAAUCCCUGGAUUUCCUCAUGUUUUCCUUCCGUACUUCUGCUGAAUACCAGCACCUUCCUGGCCGAGGGAGGGGGUAAUCCCUUGUCAGCACUGUCUGAGGGCACUGCUGGCAAGCCUCUGCUCCUCUCCCGGGUCCCCCAGUUGCCUCAUGUGAGGUUUUUCCUCCUUGAACCUGCCAUGUGCUGGCUUGUGAAAGUCAUAUGGGGCCUUGGGGGAUGGCAGCGUUUUAACAGACCCUCUUCUUGGGUAAAAGUCUGACUUGUGGCUUGUUCCCCAGUGCUGAGUGUUCCUCUGGAGGGAGAAGAAAGGCGAGGGUGAGGGAUGCACGUGUGUGUGAAGACAUCGGUGUGAAACUCUCAGGGUAGCCAGAGGCUUUUUGGCAGUAAUGCUGUAACACGAGUGGGCUGCGGAUGCUGCCUGGGGCACUGCUGGUUGCUUCUAGCCCUCUUCCAGACAGAAGUGUAGCAUCUUGGGCACUGCACCUGUCUGCCCAGUAGCGGAGCUGGGGAUGCUGCUCUGUGAAGCGCGGUUGAACAGGAGCAUCCCUGGGAGAGUUCCCAACCCUCUGGUUUUCUUUUGCAGGCAGAGCGGCUUCUCGAGCCCCAGCAGCCCUGGUCAGUGACGAGCAGCUGUCAUGAUCUCUACAGCACCUCUCUAUAGUGGGGUGCACAACUGGACCAGCACAGAGCGGAUUCGCAUGUGUGGCCUCAACGAGGAGAGGAGAGCCCCCCUUUCUGAUGAGGAGUCUAAAACGAGCAGCUCCCAGCACUUGAGGUCUCAGGAGUUUUGUGUCAGCAGCAGCCUUUCCGAGGUGGAGCUCACGGCAGUCAGUGGUGGUGGCAGCAGUGCCCAGGGCCUGGACACUGAUGGCAAGGUGGAGGAAAAGUUUGGGCCCAAACUGGAAGAGCAGCCACCUGAUCCCAACCCAAACCCGGAGGGAGUGGAAAAGACUGUAAAAGAUGAUGCCCUGGGCCCUCUGGCAAGCCAGGGGAAUGGCAGAGGGCAGGAGCCUGCAAUCCCGAGGGCUGCAGAGCAGGAGAGUAGCGGUGCUGAUGCUGCCUGGACACCUGCAGAUCCUCACAGCGCCAAGCAGGCUGAUGCUGCUCCAGCCUGCUCCGUGGCACCAGAGAGCGAGCCUUCUGGGAAGGAGAAAAUCACCCCAAGCAAUGGAGCACAAGAGCCAGGUGUGCUGGCAGAAGGGACGUUUCCUGUGGUUGUCUCCAGCUGCAACACCUCUGCCUCCACUCCUACAACUUUUACUUUGAACAGAGUGUGCUUUCCCACAUCUCAGGCCCCUGCUAUGCAAAAGCUGCCCCUGUCCUUUCAGGCUGGGGCAGUUCUGAGCCCAACCCAGUCACUGGUGUACAUCCCACCGCCCAGCUGUGGGCAGCCACUUAGUGUGGCCACGCUUCCAGCCACCUUGGGGGUCUCCUCCACACUCACCCUCCCUGUCCUGCCUUCCUACCUACACGAUCGCUGCCUGCCGGGCAUUAUCGCUUCCCCAGAGCUGCGCUCCUACCCCUGCACAUUCUCCGUCACCAGACCCUUGGCUUCAGAUGCAAAAGUGGUGUCCGUGGAGGUGAAUCAGCUGAGCUGCCCGUUGCCCUCAGGAGGAAGUGGUCCCCAGGCUGCUUCUGAGGGCACUCCCCCGUCCACCACCGGCCCUUCACCCUCGUCCAGCCAGCCCUCACUGGCAGCCCCGUGUGCGAGUGCUGCUCCGUCUUCCAGCACUGGUGCAUACACCAGAGCCCCAGCAGCUCCUGAGCCGCCCGCACCGGGGGCUGCCACAUCGCUCUCUCCUCUGAAGUCCCCUCCGCAGCUGGAGCGUGAGAUGGUCUCGUCUCCGGAGUGCAGUGAGAUGCCUCUCGAUCUCUCCUCCAAGUCCAAUCGUCAGAAGCUGCCUCCACCCAGCCAACGCAAAACACCUCCUAUGCCCAUCCUCACACCUGUGCACACCAGCGGCAAAGCCCUUCUCACCACGGUCCUGUCCAAGUCCCAGCGUGCGGCCCAGAGCACGGGCAGCAGCGUCACCUCGUGUCUCGGCACCACCCCUCCCUUAGUCAUCUUCCCCGAGUUCUUGCGCAAUGGUGAGCAGGGCUCCUGGGUGAAGAACACUGCACUUAUCAGCGCCAUUCCAGGCACCUAUGUUGGCGUUGCCAGCCCGGUGCCUGCCUCACUGCUGCUCAGCAAGGACCCCGCUGUGAGCUUCAGCAGGGACCCGCGCCACCUUCCCAAGCAGGAGCCUAUUUCCGUCAUUGAUCAGGGAGAGCCUCGCAGUGCUGGGAUUCCCUGUGGAAAGAAAGCCAACCAGACCAGCACAGAAGGACAGCAGGAUCCUGCCAGGAGAGUUCUUCAUGGCAGAGUUACUCCGGGAGCUCCUUUGUGUCAGUCCAAGGACAUCUCCAAUUGGAAUCCUGGCCAGGGAAGUGUGUACCCACGAUGUCCCAUGAAUGGAAAACCUUCCAAUCCUCAGCUUCUGCCCCUUGGCUUGUCUCCUUAUCAUCAAACCCCUCUGCUUUCCAUUGGCAUCUCCACAGCCGGGCAGCUGCCCCCAGGCCAGAAUAGCUCUUGCAAGCCAGCAGGUGCAGGUGAGCUCCCAACGUUCCCGAGCGUGCAGCCCACAGAGUCCAGUGCAGCCGCCCAGAGCCUGCCAGAGGGACUUCCCAGGCUCCCACCUCAGGAACGGGAAGCUGGAGCCAAGAGCAAGAGCUGCCGGUCCUUGCCCAAGCUCUACGAGCAGCCGGUUAACCCGGUCUUGUUGGAUGCAGGUCCAUCUCCUCAGACCAGUGCAUUGGAUGUGAAAGGGGAGAAGGGGAAGCUGGACAACCCUCAGAAGAGUCAGGAGAGUGAUCCACCGAAGCCUGACUCCAGUAAGGAGGGCAAUGUACAGAACGUAGAGACUGAGUCUCCUCCCCAAGGGAGCUGUAGCCUCAAGCAGUUGGAUGGAAAACCUAAAGCCCAAGUGUUAGCAGCGUAUUUAUCACAUGAGGUGCCGACAGCGGAGCAGCAGAGCCUGCGAGUGAGUUCAGAGGUGCCUUCUGUGCCUGCAGAGAGUCAGUGCAAGGAGCUGGGCUGCGAAGGCUCCCAGGAGCCCCCCGCUGCAGAGCCCCCUCAGUGUGUGCGUCAGGUGGAUCUGUGCAGGGUCAAGAAGGAGCGAGUGGAGUGUGACCUGUCAUUCACUCCUGUGACUUGCCUGCGAGCUGGGACUGCUCCCCAAGCCUUUGCCGAGGUCAAACUCAAAGGAGCAGGCCAAAUCAAGCAAGAGGGCAGCAUGCGCUGCAAGUCCAAGCGGCAGCAUGGUGGGGACACCAGGCAGGCCCACAAGAGACUAAAGUGCCAAGGCCAGGAGAGCGAGGAGGCCCCUGGGAAGUCGGGGAGCUGGAGCGUGCAUGGCCGGAAGAUCAGUCAGUCACCAGCUCAAGCUUCAGUCUGUGUCCUCCACACACAGUGGCGAAAACACCACGACAAUCCACAUGAACUUGGCAGGCAAGAAGCCCAGCCCUGCCUGGGGCCGGUGAAGGACCACAACAGCUUCAGGGUAAAGCGCAAGCGGCGGAGGCCAGUGAAGACGGAGCUGCCAUCGCUGGUGCAGUGUGGAGACAGCCGUGAGGAAGGUUACCUUGAGAAGAAACCCAAGAACAGCUUUCGGGAUUUCAUUCCAGUGGUGCUGAGCAGCCGGACGCGCAGCCAGUCGGGAAGCAAUGCUGGCUCUUCUGCUGGUGUGACGGGAGAGUGUGAUGUGACUGGUCAGGAGGUUCUACCGUUGCUGGAGGAGGAUCAGGAAGACGAAGAGGAGGAGGAGGAAGAGGAGGAGGAAGAGGAAGAGGAGGAGGAGACAUCUUUGAAACGUCGCAAGCUGCGAAAAUCCCACAGGACAACUGGCUACCACAGCCGCAGGGACAGGGACAGGUCUGUGUCCGGGAGGAGCAGCUGUCACACAAGGAGGACCCGGGACCUGCCAUGGAGAGUGGAAUCCCCCAGGCAGCUGUGGGAGCCCAACGAGGAGGAGGAGGAUGAUGACAGCCAUGUCAAAAGGAAGAAAAGGAGACGACAGAAAAGUCGGAAGUACCAGACGGGGGAAUAUUUGACGGAGCGAGAGGAGGAGCGGGUUGGUUACUCCCACAGGAGGCGGAAAUCCAAAGCAGAGUUUAGGUACCAGAAGCAGAAGGAGUCUGUAAAGGGUAAAGGCACAGAGCUACGGCUGAGGAGCAGGCUUUCCCCAUCACCCCGAAAAUCUCAAGGGUGCCCAGACUUUCGGAAUGGCUUCUUCCUGGAGCACUCUGACAGCUCUCCUGCCCAAGAAGAACUGGAGAAACCAUCAGGAAAACGCAAAUGUAAAACUAAACACCUGGCAGGGAUCUGUGAUGAGGGGAAGGGGAAAGGCUCUUGGAAUCAGCCAAAAAUCCACUCUCUGAAGAAGUCCCAGGACUUGUGGACUCUUUGCAAGUCCCGUCGGGUCAGCCCAGGGAGUUCUCCGGAGCUGCCCCCAGUCCAGAGCAUUCCUCCUGGAGCUCGGCGGCUGAUUGUGAACAAAAACGCAGGGGAGACCCUUCUGCAGCGAGCAGCUCGCCUGGGCUACAAGGACGUGGUGCUGUACUGCCUGCAGAAGAAAAGCAGCGACGUGAACCAUCGUGACAAUGCUGGCUACACAGCGCUGCACGAAGCCUGUGCGCGAGGCUGGAUUGACAUCCUCCACAUCCUGCUCGAGCACGGUGCCAACGUGAACUGCAGUGCGCAGGAUGGCACCAGGCCUGUCCACGAUGCAGUAGCAAAUGACAACCUGGAAACCAUGUGGCUUCUACUCUCCUAUGGUGCUGAUCCCACUCUGGCCACUUACUCUGGGCAGACAGCUGUGAAGCUUGCCACCAGCGAGGUGAUGAAGCGCUUCCUCUGCGAUUACCUUUUGGAUCUCCAGGGGCGCACGGAUGGGGAUCCUCGCACAGCGUGGGACUUCUACAGUAGCUCUGUACUAGAGGGGAAGGAUAGCAUCGGAUGUGAUCUUCUGCUCAACCCUCCGGGAAGUUCAGACCAGGAGGAAGAAGACCAAGAUGCAGACAACUUCCUCUUUGAGUUCUCAGACAAGCCACUGCUUCCCAGCUAUAACCUCCAAGUGUCGGUCUCUCGGGGGCCCUGCAACUGGUUCCUCUUCUCCGACGUGCUCAAGCGGCUGAAGCUGUCCUCCCGCAUCUUCCAGGCCCGCUUCCCGCACUUUGAGAUUGCCACGCUGCCCAAGGCUGAGUUCCAGCGGCAGGUCUCUCUCAGUCAGGUGCUGGUGCAGGAGGAGGUGCAGGAGAGCCCCGAGCCGGUGCAGGGCUCUGCAGAGACAGUGGAGCUGGUACACUAUGAGCCCGAGCUACUGCAGCUCCUGGGUUCGGUGGUGGAGUAUCAGGCCUGGAGCAGCUGACGGAAACGGCUCGCUCCCUGCAUCACGAGGCAAUAAGGACCAACGGGAAGCGGCCCUCUCAGCGCCAGCAGCAGGGACCUGGGUCUUUGGCCAGCCAGUCCUCUCCUCGAGGCUCUCCUCCAACUGGGGAGACAGGACCCUUGCCUCCAAGGACUUGCCCAGAUCCCUUUGUCACGAGCAGCAGCGGUUGCAGCUGUCAGCCCCAUCCAGUUGCUGUGGGCAAUGAAGCCCUCUCUGUGGGGCCACGUGAGCCAGAGCUCUUGGGGCAGCAACAGCUCUGGCUCCCCCAACACAAGAGGUGGAGGGUGCCCUGCCUGACCCGGUGGAACUGGGCCUCUCUGUUUGACCUCCCCCUCCCAACGUCUUCCAUAGUAUUUAUUUAAUUAGUAUUUAAUUUGUAAAUGUUUCCUUUGUUUUCUGCUGA